ACAGAAAAAUCUCCUUAUCAGUACAGGGGAAUGGUCCAUGCUUUAUCAACUGUGCUGCGUGAGGAAGGACCAAGGGCGUUGUACAGAGGCUGGCUUCCAUCUGUUAUUGGAGUUGUUCCAUAUGUGGGCCUUAACUUUGCAGUUUAUGAAUCUCUCAAAGAUUGGCUGGUUAAAUCAAGACCUUUUGGGAUCGUUGACAACUCUGAGUUGACAGUGACCACAAGGCUUGCGUGUGGAGCCGUUGCUGGAACAAUUGGUCAAACCGUUGCGUACCCUCUUGACGUUGUUCGUAGGAGAAUGCAGAUGGUAGGAUGGAAAGACGCUUCCUCGGUUAUCACAGGCGAUGGGGGAGGCAAAGCUCCACUUGAAUAUUCUGGAAUGAUCGAUGCAUUCAGGAAAACCGUUCGGCACGAGGGUGUUGGAGCACUGUACAAGGGUUUGGUCCCUAACUCCGUCAAGGUUGUCCCAUCGAUAGCGAUUGCGUUUGUGACCUAUGAGAAGGUGAAGGACCUUCUAGGAGUUGAGUUCAGGAUAUCGGAUUGAUUGAGGAAGUGCCCCUCAAUACUUUGUUGAACAAAGAUCACGAACUAGGGAUACUAGCAGUAUCUAUCUAUCUAUAUGCAUCUUUGCUCUGAGAAAUUGAAUAUCUUAUUCUUAGGUUUUC